AUGGAAUCCUCUUCAGCUAGCCUUCUCUCUGAUCGCGUUUUUGAGCAUCACUAUGGCGAUACCACACGUCUUAAGGACUUAGAACGCUCGUACGCACGCGCUAGAGCGAUUGGAAGAUGGCACAGUCUGACCCUUGAAGAUGUUCUUCAUCUCACGCCAAAAUUUUGGGAAUGCCACCAAGACAGAAUAAUCGUUCGCGAUACCACUGCCCAGAUUCUGUUCACUAUUCAGCUUAACCUUGUUGCAGGGACACUUGCUCCCUUUGUCUUCAAGAGGCCAGAUCUAGAGCCCCUUUUCAAGGAGAUUUUAAAUUUUGAUAUUACAGCCCCUUUCAUGCUAAAUGAAGUUGGCCACGGAUGCGAUGCGCGGAACUUAGAGACUACCGCAACUUGGCAAACUGACGGGGGUUUCAUUUUGAACACUCCAAAUCCGGAAGCAAUAAAAUUUAUGCCACCAUCCAUGCCUAUUGCAGGUAUACGCCGUAUAGCAAUCGUUAUGGCACGUCUUCUAGUUAAGGGGGAGAAUAGAGGCAUUCGGCCGUUUGUGGUCCCAAUCAAUGACGGGAAGCAAAUGUGCGAAGGUGUUCACUCUUGGCUUCUUCCUUCCAUCGCAGGUGGAAAGAUGUUAGACCAUGCCUUGACAUCAUUCCAGCAUGUCCGGCUACCUGCUAAUUCAAUGCUUGGAGAACUUGCAAAACCUGACAACUUGCGAGAUCAAUAUUUAUCAACUAUUGGCCGCCUGGGAACUGGUGCAUUGGCUCUUAGCUUGUGGAUGAUCCCGUUCCUCAAGUGCGCUACGUUCAUUGUUGGAUCAUAUAGUCAGCGCCGAACAGUCCAACAAGGUGCAAAGGGUGAACGGGCUCCGAUCAUCUCCUUCCGGACCCAGCAACUCCCAAUCAUGCAUUCCUUGGCACAGAUUGCGGUAAUGAAGCCGUUUGCUGAUUGGCUUACUGACGUGUUCAGCAAUGAUGUAUCACUUCACCCUGGAGCUAGGCAUGGACUAGGGGUCAUUCUGAAAAAUGUCUUCCUUUUCAACGGCCAGGGAAGCCUGGCCAGCCUCAUUGAACGAAGUGGCGCGCAGGGAAUGUACCCUCACAAUCAGCUGACAACAUUCGAGAGCUUGGCUCGCGCCACUGGUAUCGCGGAAGGGGAAGUCUUGGUACUAUCUAUCCGGCUUGCCACGGAGCUCCUUAUUGAGAGGUAUAAAAUCCCAGAGGCCACAAUGCCUAAUUGCUUGCUAGCACAGCACGAGGCCGGGAUUAUAGUCGAGCUCAAGGACCUUCAAAGAAGCAUCAAAGACCAUCGAAGCGCUGAAUACAACAGUUACAUCUUGCCCCACUGUCGUCCGAUGGUUCUGGGUAUUGGUCAGCGUAUGGCCUAUGAAGCUGCUGCCAACGCGGGAGUCGAUCCUUCUCUGUUGGCUUUGUAUGAGGUUGGUGCGAUAAAAUCGGAUCCUAGUUGGUAUGUUGAGAAUCAAGGGCUUAGUCGGGCAGCUCAAUUUGAGCUGGAGCGCAAGGCGCUUGAUGGGGUGCUCCCACGACUGGACGAGCACCUGAGAGAUUUGGAUAUUGAAUCUUUUUGUACAGCCCCAAUGCUCUCUAUGGAUAGAGUGGAGGGACUGAUGACUGCAAUUCCGAGCUUUACAGGGAGCGCACACGUUGAUGUUUCCUUUAGUGGGGGCUAUGCACCUAAAUUGUGA